AUGUUUUCAACUUGGUACAAGGCACAAGACAUCUCGGCCGGCCCGUACCAAGUUGUUGUUAUCAUUUUUGUAGUUAUCUCUGCUGAAACUCUUUUUCAGUUUCAAUCGUUUCUUCAUUAUUCUCAGGUAUGUUUAUUGGCACUGUCUAUGACCAAAGUUGGAACAGCACCUUGCAGCAAUCGUUCCUUCUGCAGAUAUGGAUAUCAUUUGACCAUAAAGUGGUUAUGGCUUAUCACUUUGUUCAACUGUUCUUCCUCUACAAAAUAUAAAGAAAACGCGUCGUACAUAGCACAAUUAUUGUAUGGGGCCACUCUGCUGAGGCAGCUAGAUAGAGUGCUUGGCCUGCAGAGGAGGGCUGUUAGAUUGAUGGUAGAGGUGAAAUACACAGAUAAUUGCAAACAUGUGUUUAUUGAAUGGGAGCUUCUGACUGUGUCAAGUCUUUUUGUGUAUGAUGACAGAAGAAGAUCUAUACGAAACCUCCGAAGAUGUUCACGAAUACGACAGCUGAAAUAA